UCAUGUAUACCCACCUUAAAGCAAUCAUUUCAAAAAACAUUGCCUCCCAAACUGUCCAGAUUGGCGCCAUUAUUGUUUAUUUCAUUGUGUAUAUACGCAACUCUGACUAUUCCAAACUUUCAAAAUUUCUUCGUAAAAUUCAGGUUUCAGUGGCUCUUUUAGCAGAACCGAAAAUUCAGACAAUAUCAAGUUUUUACACGACUGCACAACAUUCUAGCAUAAGAAUCGUUUUUGAUACUUUAUAAAUAAAAACAUGAACUCAACGUCAAACACUGACACUAUUAGACGGGCAAUAGCACCAACUGUCGAAGAGUGCACAAGCCGCUUUAAUUUGGGUCCGAAAUGUAAUUUAUUAAUGGACAUGAUGGAAUCCCUCGAAGAGUUGCUCAAACAAACAUGGACCAUCUGGGGUGUCUCAUGCUUGUUUGGUUUUCAGUCGGAUGAAUUGCAGUUGAAACUGUACGCUAAACGACUGAGAGAAGAAGUAGCUGCAAUUUUACCCCAUGACAACGCUACUUAUAAUGCUUCCUUCGCUAUUACUGAAUCAAUUGUAACAAGACCAAGGCACGACGAUUACCCCCCAUUGAAAAUCGAACUUUUUUCGCAAACGACUAAUGAAAAGAGCAAGGAACGAACUAUUUACUCAGGCGUUUUUAUAUCAUGGAGAACAACAUUAAACGAAUCACGUUCCGACAAUACAACAAAAUUACCACUGCUAUUAUGUCGUGGUACAAAAAGUGCAAUGAACGCUGUCCACACAGUUGUCAGUCAAAUGUUCGAUUGCCAAAUAGUUCCAAUGUCAGCCACCGAAGAUGAACUCGAAUGGCUUGUUCCAAUGAUGUUAAGUUCAAUUGAUGAUGAGCAAAAGGAAUACGACAAACAUCAAAUAAGACUAGAAUAUCGAAUACCCGGCUUACCUGCAACUGACACAAUUUCUGUCGAUUUUGAAAUAUCUGCUCUAUCAAAAUUGUGGAAUGUAAUCAGUGAAUGCAAGAAGGAUGAAGAUGACAACAGACAGUUUGUAAAAGCCGAACACGUUUUAAAAUUUCACGAAACGAUAAAAUCCCAGAUGUUUAGCGAAGGCGGUUUUCACUUGGGACUAUGCAUUUUGAGCAAAAUUAGUUUCCCUUUUUUCACUAUGAUGGACAAUAGGAUGAAAGCUAGUACUCCAUACGCUUUGCAUCGCUUUUUACUUUUUUUUAACGACAGAUCAUUGAAAGUUCUGCAUACUCUGGAUUACGACACAACAAAUACUGUUGUUUCCGAAACGACAUAACAUAUGAAAGCAAACGAAAAAAAAACAAAUUCGACAUUACGAUCGAACGGAGAGGCAAAAUUUCUCGUUCACCUUUUCGUCCAGUCGAUCUUUGCUUUGUGAAAGUGAAGAUUAUUUUUAUUAGGACUGACCUUAGAUGUAGACAUUUAUGUAUAUAUUUACAAUCUCUUCAGAUACCCUCUGAGAGGUUCGUCGUGAGUCACAAAUUUUUUUCAUCUGUCAAAAUCUUCAGGUGUCAAUAUCAACUACGUCCAUCUGUAAAAAAUACAAUUAACCUUAAGUACGUCUGUCCAUUAUAUUUUAAUGCUUCAUAACUCUAUAAAAAAAAUGAGAGAGAUGCAGGUUUUUUACUAUGUGACGCUUUUCUAGGAUUCAAUUCAAAAGAAGAGAAGUUAAAAGAAUCUUGAACCUUUCAGAUAUCUAUUUUUAUGAAAUUUGACAAGCAAUAUUCAUAGAAAUUGUUAACUAUAGUGAGGAAUAAAUAUACGUGAAACAAAUGCAUCAAAAGAAGUGUCACAUAAUGAAAGUACACUCGAUAAAAUUUCUCAGCGAUAUAUAAUCUGAACAAACGGCCUAAUGUCAAAUAUACGCUGAUCUGACGACUAUA